AUGAACAGAAACGUGGAGGACAGGCUCUACUCCGGUACGCUUCGUCCCGUGGAUGAGGGCGUGAGAUCUCUGGAGAACAAGAUCUCUCUCAAGAUCAAGGCCGCCAAGAUUCCCGACAAGAAGACGGCUGCGAUGCCGCUCCGUCCCUCUUAUGGCUCGCAGGGCAUUCCUGUUACGCUGUGGACCAACUAUGUUGAGAUGACUUUUGGCAAGGGACAGGAUGUUGUCCUUUACAAGUACAGCAUCGCCAUGACGCCUCUCGAGUCUGGCAGGAAGCAACAGCGAAUCAUACAACUCUUUUUGGAGAAGUGGAAGCAAGAAGUACCCACGUUUGAUCAGAUUUACUCGGACUUCAAGUCAUUUCUCAUCUCGACCACCAAGCUUGACCUCGAUGAGCUUCAAGUCAUCAAGAACAGCUCGCUAGACUUCAUCAAGGAUGGCCACACAGAAGCCCCCAAGAAUCCCAAUACCUACAGGGCCCAGGUGGAGGGACAGGGCGAGUUUAGCGUUCGGAGCUUCCUCAAGUACCUGUCGGAGGAGAGCGCCAUGCCCGCAUUCGCCCAAAAGUUGGACAUGAUCCAGGCGCUCAACAUCUUCCUCAACCACUACAACAAGACCAACACGUCUGUGGUGGCGGUCGGUGCCAAUAGGACAUUUGCUUUGAACCCCCAACGCCCGCCUUCUGGCAGACAACAGAGCAGGGACAGGAGCGUCAGGGCAUCGGGUGAGGUGAUGGACCUGGGUGGAGGUCUCGAGGCCAUCCGUGGCUUCUUCACGAGCAUCCGACCGGCGACGGGUCGACUCCUCAUCAACAUCAACGUCACCAGUGCCGCAUUCUACAAGCAGGGCACGCUCGCCAACCUGAUCAGAUCGUUUGGUAACCAGUCGUUAUUUGAUCUUGAAAAAUUCCUCAAGCGCCUCCGAGUGGAGCCAAGUCACCUGGAGUCCAAGGCAAAUCAGAAGGGUGCAGGCAGUAGCCAGCCUUCACGAAAGCGGUACCGGACGAUUUUUGGAUUGGCGCGUGAGGGUGAUGGUGCUUCCAUGCCGCCCAACGAGCGACCCAAAAUCCCCAGGUUUGGUGCUAGCCCCGGUCAGGUUUUGUUUUGGCUGGCCAGGGAAGGCGAGAAAGGACGUUAUGUCACGGUGAAACAGUACUUUCAGCAAGCCUACGGUAUUACCCUUGAUCCAAGCUUCCCGGUGAUUAAUGUCGGCAAUCGAGAAAAACCAACCUACUUGCCUGUCGACGUCUGCGAGGUUUAUGCGGGACAAGUGGCACGAGAAAAGCUCACGCCGGCCCAGAUGGAGGAGAUGGUUGAGUUUGCUGCCCAGCGUCCCUGGUUCAACGCCGAGCAGAUUACGAAAUCAGGUUUGCUUUUGACUGGAGCCUCGAAUGUUGUCAACAGUUAUUUGGCGAGCAUGAGUGCGGGAGGAUGGAACAUGAAGAACUGCCAGUUCAACACUGUCACGGGGGGUGAUAAGCCUCGACGCUGGGGCUGCCUCAGCUUGGAUAGGAGAUAUCCAGCAAAUUCGGAUGGAUUGAAAAACCAACUCAAGGAGUUGCGCCUGCAUCUCGGCAAUGCCGGCCUCAAACUCGAGGAAUGCAAGAUUCGAAACUGUGUCGUGGGCAGGAGCCCCACGCAGGAUUUUGCCGCCCUGGACGAAAACCUCAGUCUCCUGAAGCCAGGCAGAAGCGCGACUGGUGAAAUCGUGCGCCCGCUCGACUUUGUGCUCAUCAUCCUCCCCGGCAAGGAUGCUUCCCUCUACAACAUGAUCAAAUACCAAGGGGAUGUUCUCUAUGGUGUGCCGACGGUGUGCGUCGCAAGUCGAACCUUUUUCCCUCCCAAAGGAAAAGAACAGAUGUUUGGCAACUUGGGCCUCAAGAUCAAUUUGAAGCUUGGCGGAGUCAACCACAAGAUUGAAGAUUCGCUACUCGGCAUCGUGGCAAAGGGCAGGACCAUGAUUGUCGGCAUCGACGUCACGCACCCAGCCGCCGGUGCCACGGCAGCCCCGAGCAUUGCAGCCAUGGUUGCAAGCACUGACGGUGAUCUCGCCCAGUGGCCGGGCGAAAUCUCGAUUCAGUCGGAGGCGAGGAAGGAACAGGUCGACGCGCUGACGAGCAUGCUGCAGAACAGACUCAGGAUCUGGAAAAGUAAGAACACUUUUCUGCCCGACAACAUCCUUGUGUACCGCGACGGCGUCUCGGAGGGUCAGUACGCCAUGGUACAGAAGGAAGAGAUUCGGCUGCUCGAGGCGGCGUGCAAGGCCGAGUACGGCGCCGGCAAGAAGCCCAACAUGACAGUGGUGGUGGUCGGGAAGCGGCAUCACACGCGCUUCUACCCGACGUCGACGUCGCGUGCCUGCAUGGUCAAAAACAACGUGGCCCCGGGAACUGUCGUCGACCGCGGCAUCACGGAGGCGCACACGUGGGACUUUUUCCUCCAGUCGCACGAGGCCCUCAAGGGCACCGGCCGGCCUGCACACUACAUCGUACUCAUGGACGAGGUCUUUCGCUCGGGUUUCGGGCGCAGCGGGCCAUCGGGCGGCGGCGGCGGUGGCGGCUCCAACAAGGGCGGCGGCGGGCCGCUGCUCAACGAGGCAGACACGCUCGCGGUGCUGACGUACUCGCUGUGCAACGUGUUUGGACGAGCGACGCGGUCGGUCAGCUACGCGACGCCCGCCUACUUUGCCGACAUUUUGUGCGAGCGCGGCCGCUGCUGGCUCGCCGCAUACCUCGAGGUGCGCCGGCCCAUGGACGACGCCGAGACGGCGUCUGUGCUGAGCGCGGGCGAGAUUCGCAAGAUUACGGACCCCCAGGCCAAGCAGAAUGCGCAACAGAAACUGCGCGACGUGCAGCUGAAGGGGAGGAAGGCUGCCAUGGAGGCUUGUCGGGUGCACCCUUCGCUCCAAGACACUGUGUUUUACCUGUGA